UCGCUGGGAUUCGAACCUGAGUAUUGUGGUAAUAGGUUCCGAAUAUAUUGAGAUAUUAUGUUAAUAGGUUUUUACGACCUGCUGAAAUCGAAUAGUACCAAAAUGUAAAUAAAUUAAAGGUUUUACAGGAUGUAUAUGCUUUAUAGUUUUAGAACUUUAUUUUAUAAAGAUAACCACCAUUCAUAAAAAGCAAAACUGAAAUACAUUAGCAUCAAAUGAAUGAGCAAAGUGAUUGGAAAGCAGCUUUGUGGGGUUGUCGAGCGCAGCGAGCGAGGGGUGGAGCUCCCUAAUAUGAUAUAAUCUAGUAAUUCUUUGUUGGCACCAAAGAAUUUCCUUCACAUCAUUUUGUUUUUGUAACUGUAUUUAAUGAUCGAUGAUAGAAAAUUUAGCAUUGAAAUUCCACCAAAAUAUGACCUAGUUUACGCCUUAAAAAUUUAUAUGAAAACAAAGGUAACAUAAAUUUUAAUUCAUUGUCAAAUAGGAAUUCUUUUAAUGAAGCUUUAUUUUUUUUUCCUGAUGCAUUUUUUAUUUACAAUACAUAUUUAUCUACCGUGAGUAUGUCUGCCUCGUUACCAAAUGAAAAAUGAUCCUAACUUCUCGCGUCACUCAAAACAUGAAUGAAAAAUUAAGUGCAGACAAGGUCAGAUAAUACGGAUGUACUCCGCAUAUUUACUCCAAGAUAUCUUGGCGCAAUUAAAUGAGGUGUUUAAAACAUACUAAAUCAACAAGAUUCUUAAUUAGGUUAAACAGUUGUUAUGAGAAGAAGAAAGAAAAAUGUUUCCCGCCUUUGUGAAUCACGUGAUGGUUAGGUCAAAGCCUUUGAGGUACCUGAAAGAUAUCUUAACAAAAAUUUUCACGUUUAGCGGAAAAACUGUAACAAGGUAUCAAAAUUACAAGCACAUCAGUUGAAAGAGAAAACGCAUGGAGUAGAAAAGAAAGUGGAAAAUGUUAAUAAGAACUGGUUCCCUAUCAUGACACCAGGACAAAUUGGCCUAUUACUGACGUUAUAUUUAGCAGCAGCUUAUGGACAGUGCUUCAGAGAAAAUGACUACGCUCCAUCUAAACAUCAGUUAUUUAUGGGCAUGGAAGAUUUCUUUGAUGCAUCAACGCAAUUUAGUAUCCGAUUACUGCACGCACUAAAUACUACCGAAAAUACGUUCAUCAGCCCAUUCAGUGUAUGGUCAUCAUUAAUCUUAAUAUAUCUCGGUUCCAAGGGUGCAACCGAAAAAGAACUCGAAGGUGUUCUGUCAUUACAGGGAUUUGAGAAGAAUGUUGUUGCUUACAGCUACCAAUCUUUAAAACUGUGGUUCACAUCGAAAAUAAGAACACCUUCCUCUGCUUUAUCUUCAUUCACAAUGGUCAACCAUUUAUUUUUACAAAAAGAUAUAAAAAUGAGAAGUUGCCUGCUUCCUUUCAUGGAGGAUGAUUUGGCUUACGUAGACUUUUACCAAAAUCCUGAACUAGCUAGGAGAGCCAUUAACUACUUCAUACAAAGACAAACAAAGAAUAAAAUAAAAGAAAUACUCCCUCCAAGCAGCAUUAAGCAUUACACAGACUUUGUAGUGACAAGUACUAUGCAUUUCAAAGGAGUAUGGCUUCAGCCGUUCCUGCCACAAUCAACCCAAAGAGGACCCUUUUUUACCACCAAUUUAGAUUAUAAAUUUGUGGAUAUGAUGGUCACGCGGGACACCUUUCUUUAUGCUGACAGUGAAGAAUUGCAAUGCAGUGCCAUAGAAAUGCCGUACGCAGGAAGGUCUUUAACGAUGGUCCUUAUGCUACCAAAGAAUAAAGCCCACGGAGUUCAAAUAUUGUCAAGUUCGCUAACCAUGAGCAGGCUGGGGAAUCUUACAGAGGACAUGUUUCCGAGAGAAAUGGUGGUAGUUGUUCCCAAGUUUCAGUUUGAAGACAGCUUUCAAUUGUCCUCCACAUUGAUUAAAAUGGGGCUGAGGAGUCUCUCGUCUGGUGCGCUAGAACUAAGUGGUUUUAGCAAGGAUAGAGUUCUAAGAGUGAAUUCUAUCUAUCAUAAAGCAAAAGUGUCUGUAGACGAACAGGGCACUGAAGCAGCAGCAGCGACUGCAACAGCAUUCGCCAGAAGUUCUCGGCCCACAAGAAUAAUUGAAUUCAUAGUGGAUAGGCCAUUUGUGUUUUAUAUCCGUGAAAAUCAUUCUGGUAGCAUUCUUUUUGUGGGCAUUGUUCGGAAUCCUAAAUAUUUACAGUCAAGAGAUCACUAGAGAUGUUAAUAAAUGCAAAAAUGAUCAAUAAUCAAUCAUGUCUCAGAAAUAUAUCAGAAUUAUGAAUUUAAUAUAACAGAAGGAAAUAAUUUUAAGUUAUAUAAAAUAUCAAUAAAAGGGGAGAAAAAAAAACACAUACACCCUAAGUAGCUUUGAUUCUAAUUAUCAGAUUCCCAUGCACUAAAAGGUCUUCAGGGUUUAUAGAGUCCAUUUUAGACAGGCUAAUUAUUUUUUCAGCCUAAAAUAAUAUGGAAAAUAACCACAAAUAAUAAAAUCAGAUUCCAGUGAUUAGUCAAAAGAGCUGUCUAAAGCAUAGAACUUUUAAUGUUAUUUUUUUGCUAUUUAUAUCUUUAAAAUAAACUAAUUGCAUAAAUUAAACAAGUUGAAAAGUCUAAAAAAUUAU